CCAACGACUAUAAAAGAAAGUGAAAAUAAACAAUUCAACAUAAUAAAAAUGGUUGUGUUGCAUGUCAAAAGCUUUCUCAAUUCUAUCGAUAUUAUUUCAAAAAUUUUUCUUCUUUCAGCGAGCGGAAAAAUAUCGAAACAUGAUAAUUUGCCAUCAUGGAACUCUUGGACAGUCUCUAAUAUUUUGACACUUGCUGGAUUAUUCUCAUACUCUACCUUUCAUUUAUCAUAUGUGGUUAAUGCUGAGAAUGAUGGGCCAAUAAAUCGAUUUAAAGCUGUGACUUAUGCUAUUGAUAUCUACAAUAAAUAUUCUGGAUUUCUGUUGGUUGUGAUUCUAGUCGUUAUUGGAUAUUUUCAGCAGUCAAAGAGAGUGAAAAUUCAUCAAAUUUUCAUUGAGAUUGAGAAAAUUGCGAAGAAAAGUUUGAAAAUUGACAUAGAAAAUAUGAUCACAAUGAGACUCGUCUACACUCAAAUCCUCGUUAUGUUUACUUUGCUAUCAGCUGUAGAAUGGUUCAAUUGCUUAAUGUACAUCGGACCCACAACUGCUGUGCUCAGCAACUGCAUAGCUUUAUGCUUAAUACCAUUGCUUGUGACUGCAACAGUUGAGUGUCGAGUUUUUGCCUAUUUCCUUCUUAUCAAGGCACGCUACAAAGUGAUAAACACGCUAAUACACAAUUACAGAAGUAACAUUGAUAAAUUUAAUCUACAACCCAACAAAAUCCAUGUCAUUAAACCAAAAUGGACAUUAAUUGAUGAUACUGUAUUUUACAUAAAUGACUAUCCACAACCACGCAAAUUUCCUGAUAAAUCAGCACCAAAGAAAGCUCUUACGAGCAGCAUUAAGAUUCAUAUCAUCAAGUUGCUGAAUUUUCUAAAAAGUCUAUUUACAUUCCAAAAUAGUCACGAUUAUUAUGAUAAUAAGGCUGUAGAAAUGGACAUAAAUUACAAUUUCAAUUAUAUCGAUCGAAUAAUGUGUAUGCAAACAAUAUACUCGAAGCUGCAUGAAAUAUUUGACUUGAUCAGUGAAGCUUACGGCAUGCAAAUUAUCGCCAUAAUAGCCUUUCAGUUUAUUACACUGACAACACUAAUGUAUGAUUUUUCAAUGAACAUAGUGAGAUUGCUGUCAUCUAACAUUUCUACAAGCGAUAAAGAUGCAGCCAUCGAUGAAAUAUGGAGCUCUGGUUUAUGGAUUUCAAUUUACAUGUACAAGGUCUAUUCGAUGUGCUAUUGCAUUCAUAUCACAGUUGAUGAGAUCAAGAUUUUUCUUCUUCAAAUUUUGCAUCAUAAAAUUAAGUUUGCGCCAUUCGAUUUGUUUGAAAUUAACUUGGGAUUAUUCAGCAUGAUUUUUGGGGCGAUUAUAACUUACAUUUUAAUACUAAUUCAAUUCGAUAUCGCACAGAGAGAUUAA